UAUAUAGCAAUAGCUUUUCCCCGUAAUUCAGUUCGCAUAGCAAAUAUGUUCCUGUAAAUUAUAUACUUAAGACCUUAACCAAAUCUAAGACUACCUCGAUUUCUUCGUGACAGAAAUAAGCCAACAGACAGAGCUACUUUCGCAUUUAUAAUAUUAGUACAUAUCAUGAAUCAUGGUAUUUUAUUCUAUAAACUUUUAUUCAGCUACACCCACACAAUCUAUAAUCCGUCGAGUGGCACCCACAACAGACUUCCUAACCGGCUCUAAUCUCCAAGCAACAUCAGUGUUGUCGAGAACGAUGGCAUCCCUCGCGCAGAUGCACAAAACGGGUCCACAUAUCAAAAAGAGAAAAUCAAGAAAUCCGCUCAAUGGAAAUCCUUUCGCCAAGGGUGUGAUACUAAAAACCUUGAUCAGAAAACCCAAGAAGCCGAACUCCGCUAACCGUAAAUGCGUGCUCGUGCGUCUCUCCAGCGGGCGAGAGAUGAUCGCCUACGUGCCGGGCAUCGGACACAACCUGCAGGAACACAAUAUCGUGCUCGUUAGAGUCGGCAGAGUUAAAGAGUGUCCCGGUGUGAAGCUGAAAUGCGUCCGAGGUAAAUUCGACUUGCCGCACGUCAUCAAGCAGAAAGUGUAGUAGUCUGUUAUAUCCAGUUGUGGUGUGAUACUAAAAACCUUGAUCAGAAAACCCAAGAAGCCGAACUCCGCUAACCGUAAAUGCGUGCUCGUGCGUCUCUCCAGCGGGCGAGAGAUGAUCGCCUACGUGCCGGGCAUCGGACACAACCUGCAGGAACACAAUAUCGUGCUCGUUAGAGUCGGCAGGGGAUGAUGAAUAAGCUAA